AUGGAAAUGGCAGGAGUAAAAGGCAGAGUACUGGCCAGUACAAUUAUCUGCUGUCUGUUCGCUGUGGGUGAGAUGUUGCUUGGAUUGAUCGCGAUGUGGCUUAGAUCAUGGCGAGCGAUACUUCGUAUGGUGUACGGGCCGGCAUUGCUUGCCAUAUUGUUGCCGGUUCUGAUCCCGGAAUCAGUCAGGUGGCUAUUGGCGAAUGGGAAACACGAAAAGGUGGAGAAUAUUUAUCGGAAAAUGGCGCGUAUUAACGGGCUGCAAAUCUCCGAGGAGGCGCUCGGCGCGUUCAAAGACAUGAACAUGGUGAAAACCGAGAAGACGGAGCAGUUGGCGACCGAAAAGAAGUCACCGGCGAUGCAAAUUCUGCACAGCUCGGUGAUGAUCACACGGCUGCUGGCCUGCUCGUUCUGCUGGCUGACCAACACUUUCGUGUACUACGGGCUCUCGUUGAACUCGGUGGCCUUCGCCGGUGACAAAUACGUUAAUUUCAUAUUAGUCGCCAUCGUGGAGAUCCCGGCUUACUUCCUGACCUGGUUCCUGACCGAUUACGUCGGUCGUAAAGCUACCCUCUCCUCGUCUUUCUUACUGAGCGGGGCGUUCUGUCUGGCUAUACAAUUCGUACCGACAGGUUCGAUGAGCUUCUUACCGUUGGUGCUGUACUUGGGCGGGAAGUGGUGCAUCACGAUGUCCUUCUCGACGAUUUACAUUUACACGGCGGAGCUGUUCCCCACGAACCUGAGACACUCCCUCCUUGGAAUUUGCAGCAUGACUGGCCGCAUGGGGUCAAUAUUGUCACCGCAAACACCUCUUUUGGCACAAAUCAUGCCGGAACUGCCGUUGAUUCUGUUCGGAUGCAUGGCGCUGGCCGCGGGGUUGCUGUCUCUCUUCUUCCCGGAAACGUUGGGAACGAAACUUCCGGACACGGUGUGCGAGGCGGAGAAUAUCGGCAAAGUGCAGCAGGAAUUGCAGGAUUCGCCGUCUUAAAGGCGCGUUAUGAAUCCGGCGCGAAGAGAACUGAAACGCAAAACGCGAGGAGAGUAGAGUAGAUAGAAAGGGGAGGAAAGGAUGGCGAGGACCAGCGAGAUAGACGAAGAAAGAGAGCGACGAAUCGUCUGAAAGAAAACUGAAUUGGAACA